CAAUAAUCGUAGUGUAGUCAUGUUAUGAGCAUUUUAAGCCAAGGAGUUGUACUUUACAUAAUGUCCGGUCUUCUGUUAAUCCAAUAAACGUGAGUGAAAAUUUCAAGCUUACACAAAUAUAAUUUGACAAAACAAGACUCUUUAAAAUCGUUUUAAAGAAAGUACUUUUUCUUGUUCGCAGUGAAGUGAUGAUAUAUCCGACAUAAUUUUAAUGUACAUUUUCCAAGUGUCCUCAAUUAUUACAUUAUUGAAGUUAUUUUAAAGGAUUUGGCAUGGAUACCUUUCAAACACCUUAAAGUAUGAAAGACGUAGUACGUUUUUCAGCUUGGGUAUUUUUAUUUACAAUUGGUUAUACAUCAUGUGUAAAUGUUCAUUUCGAAAACAAAGAUGGUGGCUUCUUCAUAAAGCAGCAAACUCGCCAACACUUUUUAACACCUUCAAAUUCGGAAACGACACCUAAUGCAGCACCUGGAGAAGGAGUUCCUCUCUCCGUUGAUAAAUUCACAGUAUUCCAAAGAUCGCAGCCGAUAUCGGUCCGAGCAACUUAUGGCCCGUUUAGUACCAAGCAGACAGUACCGGCCAAGUACAUCGUUCCGGAUCCGUUGCCCGUAAAUACCUCAGGUCCAAGCAUUGAUCUUCAAGACCAAGCAACCCACCACUUGGACAUGUCUGCUCACAUCGUUCGCAAUGAAAUACCCAGAGAUUCUCCGGUACUACGGGUACUCUUUCACACCGGUACGGAUCCUGGAGGCAGACGUCAAGUUCUUCUGGCCAGACACCACCAAAAGGUUUGCAUCGUACUCCACGCUACUAUGGGUACUAGAACAUCUCUUCAUGCUGCAUGCAGUCCGGAUGGAGAAGACGGAGUUUGCUUGGCUCAGGUUACCAUUCCAGCUUCCUGGUGGCCACCUCUACCUUCUCCAGACAAAGACGGUCGACCUGGAAAGUUUACGAAGACUCCUCCGAGACUAAUACAAGUCGCCUACUCUGUCCUAGAACCAUGGCCCGACGAAGGUGAAGGUUGCCAUCCGAAGAUGCAGGUCCAACCAUCGGCAGUAUUGGGCAGCGUGCAGCUAACACCAGCCAAGGGGGCCUACAAGGAGUUGAAGUUGACCGAAGCUGUAACUAUACUAGUACCUCAUCCACCGUUGUUUCCAAUGUCUAGAAUUUAUUUACCUGUAUUCAUUGAUAAGGAAAAAGCAAAAAUGAUGACUGCUAUCGUUGUUAAAGCCCGAAUGAAAAGUGGAGUAAGGUUUUUGGAAGCAGUUCCAACAGAAGGAAUUCCUUGGAAUAUUACCAUUGAUAUUAAUCCUCGUCAUACUAGCGCCACUGUGACUCUCGUCAGAAAGGAACCUCCUGAUGCGGAUAUACCGGUUACACCUGGAGACGUUAUGGAACUGUUCACUUGGCUUAUCGAAAUAUCCGAAGACGCCACUGAAAAUUACGACGGCAGUAAAGUGGUUUGGUCGGCUAGAUUUGAGCCUCAUUUGGAGCAGGAAACGGAGAGUGAGAUUCGCAAAGAAAGUAGAAAGUUGAUAUCGCGGUUUGAGAUCCAGAAAGACGACAUUCAAGCAGUUGUUCCCAUUAGCAAGAAUUGGGAAGUAUUAAACACGGCAGUUCUUACUGGUCUUCAAGUUUCCCAGGCCAUGAAAGUGUUUAUAGUAUCUCAAGCAGGAAAAGCAGCUGAUGUCACCUUCCAGUCAUCUUGCCAUUCUGAAGACGAAAGCGUUUUGAAGGUAUCUUCAUCAUGCGGUUCGGUUUAUGUGGACGGAAGCGAGGCCAGGGGAUCAGUAAAUGGAUCUGUGAUUGUCAAAUACGGAACAUACACUGGUUUAGCUCAAUUUACAGUAUGGAUGCCGGAAUUUCCACUGGAUUUAUCAGUCGCUGAUACAAGAUUGUCUCAACUCAAGUCAUGGAGAGUGCCAGACUACAACCCCAUAUUAACAAAAUCCAAAAAAAGACGGAAGAGAUCAUUCGAUACCAACUGGGGUGUAUCAUCAAUCGACGAAUCUGGCAACGUCGUAGAAAAACCAGUGUGUCGGUUAAGAUAUCAGCAAACGUCUGUAGACGUUUACGCCCAUUUCCUUGCUUCGGAUCAUUCCUCUGGUAGAACGACUUAUUUAAUCAACAGAAGAACUUACCUUCGUGUUACGGAUCUGGUACUACCUUGGUUGAGAGUCAGCGAUCCCAGGAUUGCCAGUCUUCACGGAAGAGUACUGCAGGGAAGAAGUGUUGGAAGAACUGAAGUACAGGUGUUGUCUCCAAUUACUAGCAGAGUAUACGGCUCUAAAGAAGUUAGAGUAGGCAACGACAAGGUAGGAUUGACGAAACUCUACGUUCAAGUUGUAUCUGGUCUACAGCUCAAUAUCUACCCUGAUAGCUCUUUGGAAAACGUUUACGUUGCCGAAACUGGAAUCACUAGAAAAUUAACAGCACAAUACCAGGAGGGUCUUCUAGAUAUUGAAUUGGAGUUCUCAGAUGGUCAAAAAACUCCUCUUAGAGAUAUUUCAGACACUGACUAUCAUCUUGUUGUGGAAAGCUUAGAUCCCGAAGUAGUGGCUUUUGCGCCUAUGGUUGCUUCACAUCAUCCCAGAGUAAUAGCUGUUGGUGAAGGUAGCGGAGAUCUUUUACAGGUAACACUUCUAUUAGCUGAGGAAUGCAGAAGUAGUGGUAGACCUAAAGUAAAACCGAUUGGACCGUUGGCUUCAGCAGCUGCUACUAUCAACGUUGACUUUAGUACCAUCGAUAUUCAUAGACCCGAUAUACUACAAAACGAUGGUGGUAGCUACGGUUCUUCAAAAGGAAGGGAAUUUUCGGAUCUUCAGGAUAUACUAAAAGGCAAUCCUAUUCAUUCAGAUAACGAUGAACCCAGUGUACAGGCUCGCCAAUUCCAAGGCAACGGCAAAGGUAUUCUGCGACAACUAUCUGCUCACCAUUCAACUCCUUUAGAGAUUAGUAUGUACGUUCUUUUAGCUGUAUUCUGCUGUGCUAUCAUGGUUUUUGUUGUAUCAUGUGUUGUAUACGCUUCCAAGUUCAAACCACUUAAUCCAGCAAUAACUGCAGGAGUGCAGGCAUCCGCCGGUCCACCAGCCAACUUCCUUAUCCACCACGAAACGCAAAAGCCCAAAGAAUCUACAACAAACGCCCACGAUUGGGUAUGGCUUGGUAGAGCUACCAUUGAGCCUCCUAAUCAGUACACUAGCAAUCCGUCAGACAUGCGCAUCAUCACAAAUCCAUUGAAUAUGAAUUAUUGCGAACCGGACGAUUCUCUAAUGGCUAACAGCUUUAGUAAUCCUACACAUAUAGAGCUCCCUGCUUCCUCUAGCCACGUCAAUUCCAGUAGUAGACAGAUAGACAGUAGAACGUAUUCCAAAGGAAAGGGAGAGAAGAUUAGUAUUGGAACUGAAAGUGACUCAGAUAUACAAGUUUGGAAUAAACCGACUCCACCACCUCCUUUACCAUCACAUUCUCACCACUCUCAGAACAAUGCCCAGAAUGAUGACUACAAACCACCUGUGCCGCCUCAUCGAAAUUUGGGUGUUUCAACAACCUCGUCCGAUUCUCCUCUACCGAAAAAACCACAUCAUCAUCACCACCAUAGGAACAAGAACCAAGAAAAAUCACACUACCAUAGGCUAUCGAACGAGCUUAUUCCUUUAAAAUCUCAGGCUGCGGUUCCAAAGAAGAAAGUCGAAAAUUGUACAGAGAAAGAUAUGUUCGAAUUUGAUGACGAACCUAAAGCACAAACUAGAAAGGAUGAUAAUGUGGAAUUUGUACAGUAUUCAAAUAGUCCAAGUAAUAGGAACAGUGCAGAGGUAAAAACAGCCACUAUAGUUGGUAAUCCAAUGUUUAAUGCAGAUAAAAAUGACAAUGAAACCAGUAAAUCCAUGGAGCUUCCAGGCUUAGAUGAUUUACAGCUUGAUAUGGAUUACGAUCAGAUUAUGCAAUAUUUUGAGAAUCUGAAGGAAUCGAAUGCCUGAGUAGAAGAGAUCAUUGCAAAGAUCCAUGGCAUUUUGCUGUCAUUUAGCGAGCAAUAUAAAGUCGCAGCUCUCAGCGAACACCCAUACAUUUCCGCCUCGAAUCCGACAUGUAGCUUUGACUAUUUCUUCGAUUACGUCAGCGAAUCGUACGCUUAAAUCGCCAUUUGUGUACCUUAAUGCACAAGACUGACUUAAAUCAAGGUUUGUUUUAUUCUCGAAGAAAAGUAAGUCAAUGCCCGACAUUUAUUUUAUUCCUGUAUCACGAUAUUGAACUAUACAGUUGAAAUUUUCAUUUUUAUAUAACAGUCGUUACUUUCGUAACUAUCUAAAUUAAUAUUUGCUUUGAUUAGUGCGACUACUUUUUGCUUAAGAAAAUACUUAUAAAAUAAAAGAUAAUAACUAAUAUCCCUGGCAAAUUCGAGUUGUAAUAAUAAUAUUUGACAAGGUUAGAGAAGUUUUUUCAUCUUAUUUCCCAUUGACAUAGUCAAUUUUCCCUCUUAAACAAGUAACACAAAAAGCAGUGUCAAAUAUCACUUCUACCAAUUACACAAAAGUUUCCCAAUGUAGUACAAUUUUCUAUACUAUUUUAAUUUGUGUAGUAACACAAAAAGCAGUUUCAAAUAUAUCUUCUCUCAAUUACACAAAUAUUUCUCAAUGUUGUACAAUUUUCUAUCUAAACUAUUUUAAUUUGUGUAGUGCCUUGAUGUAUGUGACCUAUUUCUAUGUUCUUGUCCGUUUGUGUCUGUUUCUAUUUUAUCCGAUGACCUCACAAUUCUAGUUAUUAACCACCAUAUACUAAAAUAAGUAGCUUCACUCAAUAUUUUCAUAUAAAACCACCUUGGAUAAUAUACAUAUUCGAAGCAGUUCUAUUCAGUAAGCCAUAUUACAUCACUUUUAUUUAACAAAAUCUCCAAACAUUAAUAAUUCUUUCCUAUAUCUUAAACAACAAUAGUCUAUUUCCUAACUGCGUCCUCAAGAAAUAUUCCACAAUUUUGGGCAUGUAAGUACUAUUUAUAUACUCUUUCAAACCACGCGUACGUAAUAUUGGCACUUUGGUUACUUUUUGUAAUUUUUAGCAUUUUAAAUAACCUUUCCGGAGACCUGACAAUGAACAGCAAAAUUUAGUGUUCGAAACAGCUCGUCCAAUGUUCAAUUAAUUGAUUAUGAGUAAGUCUAACAUUUAUUUCUCUAACCUUGUUGAAAUUGGCUCAUUCAAUUGACUUAUCAUUUGAAUAAUUAGAAUUGAGUUUUAAGGAAAAAUAAAAAUAGAGAUUUCAUCAUGAAAUAUAGUUGGUAUUACGGAUCUAUUAAAAUUAUUCUCAACAUCACCAAUAAAAUAAUAAAUUAGGUCGAAAUUUAAAAUUAAAAAGGAAAUUACAUAAUUUCUGACGAUACAUAAACUUCUGGAAAUGUAGUAUAGUAAUGACUGUUAUUAUUCGGUGGGUAAUUAAAUUAUUUCGGCCCUGCAAGCACAGAGUGUUUUUGCAAAGCUGAGAUUGGAUGUAAAAAUGCAUAUCUACAAAGGGAAUAUUUUAAUCUUACUAAUCACAUAUUUUAUAUUAAAUAAAAAGCUUACAGAUUUAUGUAAUUUUAAUAGGGAAAACUUUUAUUCUCUAAAAUGGAUAGAAAAAUCUUAGUAAUGGUCGAUGUAUAUGAAUGUUAAGAGCUUAGAAAAACUUAUGUGUGAAAAUGAAACGUUUUCACAGUAAAGUACUAUAAAAAUUGUGCAUAUGAUUCUACAAAGCCUUAUAGUAUAGUAUAGAAUAAAAUAGAUAACUAGACAAUUUGUUGGCUAUGCUUGUAGUGGAUGUUGGUAGAGCAAAAAUCGUGGAAAUAUUUUCAGUGUUCUAUACGCAUUUUUAAUAAGAAACAUGUCCAUUUUUUACUAUUUACAAAUAUCCUAUUAAGUAAACACAUCUAAAUAUAUGUACUGAAGAUAAAUACGCUUAUUUUUAUUCACAUAUUAUAUUGAAAUAUUCCCCCAGGGUAAAAUAUUUGUGGGUAUUGACUUUAAGGUUUUGAAGAGACUCAGCUUUUUUUAAAUCAAUUGUAGAAUAUUUAUUCUAUAACUACAACUGAAAUUCUGGACAUUUGGAGCAUUUCUAUAUUUUCAUUUUAUUUCUAUUUCAUCAUGUAAAGAAACCACCUAUAAUGCAUUCACGGCCAAGAAAUAGUGCAAAAGCAACAUAGUUAGAAACGUUAGAUAAUAAUUAUUAGUUGCAUACACUUCUUUAACAAAUAAAUAACUAAUAUUUAAAUUAUGAUGUUUUUUCAAGAGAAAAUUUUUCAUUUUUCAACGUACUACAUAUUGAAAAAAGUUAUAAUAAAGGUGGUUUCUAUGUUCUACAUAUAAUUUAAUUGAAUUCCAGUUGUAGAACUUUAGUUCUCUUUCGAUAACAAAAUGUUAACAUCAUCUCAUUUUACAUUGACUAAUGCUACUAUAGCGCUAAAAAUGUAAGUAACUUAGUUUUUAAGUGUUAUCGACUUAGUUUUUAAAGUAAUGUAAUUACCUAAGUGUAUAUUUUUUGUACAAAGUUUGAAAAAUGUUCCCAGUACUGAUAACAAUCUGAAUGUUAUCAGUGAAUAUUUACAAAAAUCAACAUAAGAAUAUAAACUGAAAUGAGAGUAAAAUCAAAGUGAUUUAUUGAAAAAAAUAAACAUUUUCUUGACUGGAAACGUUUCCUUACUUUGUACUAAACUAGUACAGCGUUACUUGUAAAAAUUGUAAAACUUGCGAACGAAUAAACUUAACCAGGGCGAAAAAAUAUCAAGUCGGAGAAAAGAAAGGAUUUUUGCAGUGAUCAAAAUAAAAAAAAAACGUAGCUAUUAAUGUUUUCUAGUCAAAAUAAAGAAAGCUUUAUUUGAAAUGAUGUACUCAUGUUUUGUACUGAGUUUUCACUAGUAUAUUAUUGCACAAAUAGUUAUGAAAAACCUUAAAACGCUUUACAGCUUCCGGAAUACUUUUCUACAAGUAUAAUAUUGUUAAAUCUUCGAUAAACUAGUAGAAAUGGAUCAGUUGUAUAUUAAGGAGAGCUGGUACUAAAGUAGUUUGUCUUUUGGGGGAUUAUAUGUAGAUCUAAAGUUCAGCGUAAGAUUCCUGUCUAUUUCUUUAGAUGUACUUUGAGACUGGUGAAUGCAAUAAUAAAGAAAUUAAAAAUUGAAGUAGAUUUUAAAUAGAAUUUUUAUAAUAAGAGUGUUUUUUUUAGAAAAUCGCAGUAAAUUGAUUAUUUUUGGAUUUAUUCUUAUAAUAAUCAAUACUUUGUGUAACUUGAGCCAGUGAUACCAUUAGGGAUGAAUAGAAACCGUUCUUUUUUCAUUCUUUUAAUGUGCAUUUAUGGUAAAUCUCGAAUAUUUACUGGCAGUGAACGUGUUAAACCUUAAAAUUAUUUUAGUUAUUACAAAAACGUUACCAAUCAUAUUUUGAUGAAUUGUAUGAGAAUAUGUUGCUAAAGAUGUAAAAAAUACUUUAUUUACGACUGCAGUGUGUAUCAGUAGGGAAUUUGUAUAGAUUUUUUCACUCGAUGACGGAAUUGAGACUAUUCUUGAAAAAAAUAAACAAUAAAUGAAUAGUUUAGACAGCACAUAUCACAUAGUUGUAAAUUUCUGAAGAAACAGACAAGAUUAAUAGUUUAAAGUUAUGCUGGAUUCAAACCAAAUAAAUUACGUUCCAAAAUGACUCAGGUAAUAAGUCCAUCAAAAGAAAACUACUCAAGUAUUCUAUUUAUUAAAAAAUUUGUUCCUACUAGCUUAUAAACACACUUAUAUUAACUAUUAUCGAGUGUUUAACUCACAAAUCAAUGUUUUUGUAAGAAAAAGUAUUCACAUACACAUACACAUUCACACACAUACCCACAUCUUGUGAUACUUUUCUGAUAUAAUUGUAUUUAUUGAUAAAUGCAAGACAGCAUGAGGCCACAUCCCUCGAUUUAGUAGGUUUGAAUUAAGAGCGUUUCAUGUCUAUACAAAAUAUUUUUGGAAUCUGUGAAACGCUUUAGGUAGCGUGGUAUAUUUCACAGACUUCUAGAUAUCAAUAGGCGACCUGAAAUUUUCCAGGGUUUCUUAAGAACUACAGGAAUCCUAAAAUCCUAAGAGCAACAUGAAACCUUUUAGCGCCUCUGGGACUUCAAGGUAGACUGAAAUAUAACAGGAGAAUCUAGAUAGAUGGCAAACUUUUGAUUUCUAUCCUGGAACACUUGUUGGCUCUGUAAAGGCUUUAGGAGGACUCUGUACACUACUCGGACCACCAGAUAUCCCUAUAAGCAUCCUGAAAUAUUUCUGAAUCCCCUUUAAACUUCAGUGCAGCAGGAAAUACUAAUUCUAACCAAGAAUUAUGUAACAUUUUUAAGCCGUCUUCUCUUUAUACUCAGUGCAGAUGAGUCAUAAAACAUAUUGAAAUAAGCCAGUAAACUUUAGAUAGCUUUAGGAAGCCAGUAAAGUUUGAUAUAUAUAUUCUGGAAAGUGUGUGAUGGUUCUAAAAUGCUUCAAGGCAGUAUGAUAUGUUGCAUGGACCUCUAAAUAACUGAUGGCAGUGUUUCAAGAACCCGUCGAAAGACUUAAGGGCAGUAUGAAAUACCUUAGUACAGAAUUUCUAGAUUGUCCUCAUAUUUGAUAGAGAAUGAAAUAUUUCAGAAACCCAAAAUAAUUUAAGACUAUCAAAGGAACUCCUCACAUAUUUCUUGGAAUCUUGGAAGGUUACAGAGCAGUGCGGUAAGUUUCACACAGCUCAAGAUAACUAUAAACUAUGUUUCUGAGGCCUCUUAGGGAUUUGAGGGCAGCCUGAAAUACUUUAUUGUUGACCGGGAACAUUGCUGUAGAAUGUCUAGUCGUCUCUUUAUCGUAGGUGCAAAUUUAAAUACUUCGUGCCUGCCCUGUAAUGAUUUAGCGGCCUCUUAAAUGACUUAAAGGCAGACAGAAGACCUAUAGAUAGCUAUACGGUUACCUGAAAUAAUUCAUUUCUAGCCGCAAAUGAUGUGGAAUUUGUAAGUAGUCUUCUUUGUAUACUUAGUGCAGAUUAAAAUGUUUAAGGACUGCCUUAAAAUGGUUUAGCGAUCUCUGAAAGAUUUCAGAAUAGACUGAAAUAUAUCAGGUGAGUUUAGCGUAGCCAGGAGCUGUUUCAUGUUUGUUCUGAAAUAUUUAGUCUCUUAAAGGAUACAAACCAGUGUUAUAAUAUGUUUCACGGAGCUCAAGAUAACUGUAGGGCAGCCUGAAAUGUUUGGUCAUAUAAUGAAGCUCUGGUCACUUAUAUUAAUAAUAGAUAUUUGACUUCAUUUAUAACCUCAAAUAUUAGAUAUCUAUUGUCUUCUUUGUCUUCUUUGUGUCUUACAUAUAUAUA